AUGAAAGUACCCUUCUCUGGAAAUAAUCACAGCCAAUCAUUGAACUCGAAACCAGUGGUUACAACCACCCGGACCACCACUUCUCCGGGCAGCUCCGCACCUACUACCUCCUCCUACAAGCCAAAAUCGGAUCUUGAACUCUGUGGAAGCCAUAGUCCCGUUGCUAAAAAGGUCAUACCUACUUGUGCUACAGCUAAUAUUUCAACAAUUCGUGAUGAUCCUCUUCAACUGGGAGAUCAUGCGCUGAACCAUCACUUUGAGGUUUGGGAUUCUUUGAUGAGAGAACUGGGUUUGGAUGACGAUUCGAUCCCUAUUUCAAAACCUAUUUCUCAACUUGGUACUCACUGUGAUCAGCAGUAUUCAUCAAUCCCUGAGUUCCCACCUGUAAGCUCCUUCGGUUCAUCAACCAGGUUUGAGCCAUCUGAAUUUAGUCUACUCUCAGAUAUUACCACUACAUACUCUACUGCACCUUUGAGCCAUAACAGCAACAUCAUCCACCCAUUUGACCUAUCUGGAGAAAUCCAAAACUUGAAUAACAAUAACUUGAAUGUUGGAUUAGCUUACGUAGACGAGUUAAUCCGACUUGCCGAGUGCUUCGAGACCAACUCCCUACAACUCGGGCAGGUAUCAUUGGCACGGCUCAAUCAACAGCUCAGAUCUCCCACAGGAAAGCCCCUCCAGAGAGCUGCCUUCUACUUCAAGGAAGCCUUUCAAUCCCUACUCUCCGGGUCGACUCGACAAACUCACCCUGCCAGCUCUUCAGAGAUCAUCCAGACCAUCAAAGCACAGAAAAUGUUUUCAGGCAUCUCCCCAGUUCCCAUGUUCUCAAGCUUCACGGCUAACCAAGCCGUGCUUGAAGCCCUAGAGGGCUCCAUUCAUGUCCACAUCAUCGACUUUGAUAUCGGGCUUGGCAACCACUGGGCUUCGUUCUUGACAGAGUUAGCUGAUAAAGCUGAGUCUGGUAAAGCUACCCCAGCAAUGCUUCGAAUUACAGCUAUAGUUCCUGAAGAGUAUGCAAUGGAAUCAAAGCUGAUCAAAGAGAAUUUGACUCAGUUUGCAUGUGAGCUGAAUAUUAGGCUCGAUAUAGACUUUGUUUCGAUAAGUACUUUUGAGUAUUUAUCUUUCAAGGCCAUCAAAUUGAUGGAUAGUGAAAAUGUUGCUGUUCUUUUAUCUCCGGCAAUAUUCCGGCAUGUUGGGACAGGUUUUCUCGAUGAUCUCCGCAGAGUUUCACCUCUCGUGGUCAUGCACGUGGAUGGUGAAGGGCAGAUGGGAUUUGAAGCACCGUCAUAUCGCCAGACUCUGAUUGAUGGUCUAGAUUUUUACUCCAGCCUAUUCAAGUCACUAGAGGCUGCAAACUUUAAAAGCAGUGGUGGCGGUAGGGGUGAUUUGAUAAGAAGGAUUGAGACUUUCCUGUUUCUUCCCAAGAUUAUGGAGGCAGUGGAGGCGGCCAGCCGCCGCAAUACGCCAUGGAGGGAAGCGCUAGUGACGGCCGGCUUGAGACAGGUGAGGCUUGGUCAGUUUGCUGACUUUCAAGCUGAGUGUUUACUGAGGAGAGCAAAUAUCAUAGGAUUCCACGUGGCAAAACAGCAGGAAGAGAUGCUGCUUUGCUGGCACAAUAGGCCACUUGUUGCCACGUCAGCUUGGAGGUAUUAG